GCGCGGUUAAUGCGAGCAGUUAGACUGGAAGUAUACAGUGCGCAACGACCGAGCACAUGGCUGAAUUCGCUGAAUUUCAGGUUCGAGACGCUCGAGAUCGAGCGCUCUUGGUCGUUUUUGUGAGUCUCUUCGUCUUCCACACGAGUUAGGGCGGUGCUGAGCGAACAAUGAACGCUGCGGCGCGCGCGCUGCACGCGCUACUCAGCCGGGGCCCAGCCGCAGCGCGCGAUCACGACGACUCCACACACCACACAAUUCGUCGCCGCUGCGCCUCAGUCCCGCAAUAGUCAUAGCCGAGGACGGUCGGUGCGCGUCGUUGUCGCUUGUGCAAUCGCCUUGUUUUGGGAAGCUGUGUGUGGGACUAACGCCGCUCGCGCCCGUCUGCAAAUCGCCCAGUCGGAUACAACCCUCGCCCGGGCGCGCCGAAAACGCUGCAGGGAGACCGAAGUGCCCCUUUUGCAUGGGAGCGCGCUGGGGCGUACCACUAAUGGCGUGACUUGAGGAGCGAGCGGAGUGAGCGCGCGUAGGCAAACGCGCGAUGGGCGCCUCUCUGGGUGAGGACGCAUACAGCAUCCCAGUACUAGCAUGGAUCUACCACAAAUACGUGCCGCACGUCAACAUCACACUGCACCGCGUCAAUUCCUCGUUUAAUCCGACAUCUCCGAUUUAUCUUGAGAGCUUAGGAAUAUUGGGAUCUGUGCCGGCAGCAUGGCUGAUCCUAACGCUGUUGGUCCUGCUCAUCUAUCUGCUGACACGAUGCUGCGACCGUAAGCCGCGACCCUCGCGAUCGAUAUCAGCGCUGAAGGUGACCCUCGCCAUCGUUUCGGUCCUGUGCUGCGCCGCCGUCGGCUUAGGACUUUAUGGCAAUGAUGACCUGCACAAUGGCGUCUCGCAGUUGCUGCAGGAAGGUAGGCAGAUCGAUGUGCAGGUGCAGAAGAUCCGCAAUCAGACCGAGAACAUCGAGCGCCAGUUGCGGCAGCAGGCGACGCAUCAGCUCACUCAACUGAGGGACAUUUUCGACGAACCGGUGGCGAACACGACUGCGCUGAAGAUGUGCAUGCAUCUGCUCGAGUUUGCCACCGACAAUAACACUGCCGCUGCCAGUGCGGCUGCCGAUAUCCGCAAUCCGCUCAAUGGCAUCUAUCUUGCGCCCACUAUUAAUAUUGCCGAAAAGAUCGAGCAGAUCCGAUGGCCCGCCACGAUGGCGAUCCUCAGCGUUCUGCUCGUCCUUUGCGUGGUCCUGCUGGUUGGCGUGGCGCGCCACAAUCGCUGCGCGUUGAUUGCGUUCUCCGUAUGUGGUUUGCUGGCCGUCAUUGCGUCGUAUGUGAUGGCCAGCGUGUACAUUGCAUCGACGGUUGCGCUCGGGGACUUGUGCGCUGCGCCCGAUAAGUUCGUCGAGGAUCAAGCCUCGAAUGAGCUCACGAAGGAAAUCCUGCGCUAUUAUACGACAUGCGAGCGCGCCCGAGCGAAUCCUUUCACUCAGCGCCUGCGAGAGGCGAAAGGUGCCAUCGAGAACAUGCGCUCGACGCUGAACUCGCUCAAGAAACCGGCUACGGAUUUGUUUCCGCGCAAAAGCUUGGAGCCGAAAUUCAGCUCGUUGCUAAACCAGGUCAACGAGGGUGACUUGCUGAUCACGGCGCUUACGUCCAGUGUUGACUGCCGCACCCUGCACACGCAUUAUUUGCGCGGUGCUCGAGCGCUGUGCAAUGUUGGCCUGCUGGGAUUAACGCUAAUGCUGCUUUCGUCGGUGCUCGCUGGCUUCCUUCUGACCAUCCUCGUGUGGGUGGAUUCGCAUACCUGGAUUUACAUUAGGAAGAAGAAGGACUAUCACCAGGUGAACGACAAUGAUCCGUAUCUGCCACCGCCAGCAGCGAGCCAGGCGAUUGCGGCGAGGACUUUGCAACGUAGCCAAGGGUCGUCUUAUCCCCCAGACACUCCUCCACCUAGCUACACCUCCGUCAUGAUGCAUAAUUGCGCUUCUUCCAAUUCCAUGCAUGAAGCUCAGUCGCUAAUAGAUGGAUGUGACAUGCGACCACCGGACCAUCACCGAGGAGGUGGAGCAGGAAACGCCGCCCAUAUGUCGCAUCUCCGAGGACACACCCUCGGCCGACUGCCGUCACAUCAUCACGAGCCACUCUCAGGACCUAACAAUGGCAAGUACGCGACUCUGAGCAAACAAUGCAAGACGCUGGAAAGCUCUGAUUAUUACUGAGAUAGGGCUGCCUGCAAAGAUUUCCCAAACUUUAAAGGCUUUAAGUUCGACCAGCAACAGCACCAUCAACAGCAGCAUGCGCCACCGAAGGGGCAGGAGGGUGGGCAGCAGCGCACCGCCAACAUCAACAAGUUCAGCAGCUUGGGCCGCCGCCCGCUGCCACAGCUGCCCGAUGAGAAGGAGCGCAAGCAGCCGCCGAUGCCAAAGGUGCCCGCCACCAUCUCGCAGCACGUCGAGUCGCCGCUGAACCCGGCUAACUUCCGCUCGCUGCAGCGUGGCGUCGCCUGGCAGGACAUGCACGCCACCAACACGUCCACCUUCCAGCCGACGGGCAUGCAGUUCCGUUCGCUGCAGCGCGGUGCGUCCACGCUGCCGCAAGCACAUCCUCAGUUCCGGUCUGUGAAGAUCCAGGACCAGACGCAUGAGAGCAUGUAUGCCAACAACGAGACGGAGCGCCAGCUGUACGCUGUCACCGAGCUGUAAACUUAAAGCGCAACGGUUUUUCUUUCAGUUCUCCAAUUUGGGAAUUGCAGGCAGUUAGAUACGAGACAAUAGCAACUGCAUCGUUUUUACUUCGUUUCAUACUCCAUUGUUAAUUUGGCCCGUUUCGAAGACGCGCCGCCGGCUGCUGCUUAAUGGGGCCGGCCGCCUCUCGAAUGAGAAUCGAUGACGCGCGCCCAUCUCACGUACUCAUUUACCAAAUACGCGCGCGCGCGCGUCGCAUUCAUUGUUCUUUUACGACGAUUUACUAAAAUCACGCAGUUACACAAAUGUAAGAACACGACGGGAACAAUUUUUAUUUUUUCAAAGAAUAACAAAAUCUAGACAAAUAUCUAUCGUAUUAGGUAGGUAGUGUUGAUUAGCGAAACGACAUUCCAUUAUGGAAGAACAGAACGUGUGAGAAUGUUCAAUUUCUUGCAUGCAUCGAUGUUAAAUUAAUAACAACAAAUAUUGAUGAUCUCUGAGACUUGAUUAGACAUGUAAUAAUCAAAUCAAACGAAUUAAAUUAAAAUAUACAUAGAAGGCACUUGGUAUAUUUUUCGGGAGUGCUAGAGUUUUAAGGUAUGAGUUCUGAAUCACGAUAUAAAUAUUUCGAAAACAUUUUGCUCAUUGAAAAGCAGGAGACGUAACGGAAAGAUCAAAGCAGCGCAGAUUCCGAACGAGAAUGUGUCAAAACUUUGAGACAGUUGGUAUGUACCUAGAGUUUUCCGUUCGGAGUACAUUCUCAAUUCGAAGGAAAUGUUUAUAUUAAGAAAUUUCAACAGUUAGCGUUUAAGGAAACAUCUUGUGAUGACAUUUUAACACUUUGACUUGUUUUCUACACGUGUAAAAAGAGAAAAAUAUCCGCAUUAUCUGCCAUAUUUAGACUUAACACACACGACGACAAUUUCGGCCCGAGUGAGGUGAAAUAUUCCGAAAGAGAUUCUCAAUUUUCUAUCUAACAAGACAAGCAAAAGUACACAGACAAAACAUUUUGUACGAUGAUCAAUAACGUAUAUAAUAAUUCAUAGCGAAAAGAUACGUAGCGAGAAUUUGAUUUGUUUCUCUAAUAAUUGCCAAAGAAUAUGUAUGUAAGAAAUCUCAUCGCAAUGAAGCUGCGUCGCAUUGCAUUUGAGGAUGAUCAAUUGUGGUGUUUCUAAUCCAGCGCCGCGGCGUAUUAAUUCUACGCUCGACCGUUCGUUAGGAUUGCCAACGUGUUGUUUGAAUGUAAUUGAAGUAAUUUUUAGGGAUGUAUUCUUUUAAUAACUAUAACUCGUAAGUGUUAAGAUACUAUUCGUUGCUGGGGCGCUCUAGUAAAUGCGAACACAUGAAGUUGAGGAAUCAUGCGUCAACUUAUUAACAAUACACAUUUAACACCGCAAAGCUACGAAUACUGAUUAACUUGUUGCAUCGGUUUUCGUUAAGGUCAAAAUGUUUUAUUAUGUUAGUUCAUCCUUUAUGCCAUACAUCGAUAUAAAUAGGCCUGUGAAAGUAUAAAAAUUCUAUGAAUACAUACCAAAUAACCAGUAAUCUGAUUAAGUAAUUUUCGAUCAAUGUAUUUAAGGACUUAUUUGUUGCUAAUAUGAUUGUAACAUAGCCAUUCUAUUCCUGAUUAUUGAAUGUAUUAUAGUUUUACUUGGACGGUCUGUAUUUGUGUACAACUGGCAAAAGCAUAUUCAGGCGCGUAAUGUGAAAUACUAAUUUAUUUCUAUUCUAGUGAAAAUGGAAGGAAGAAAGGAAAUUUAUUCAAUGUUUUUUUUUUGCAAAUGUAAUAAAUAUUUACUGUA